AUGAAUGCUACGGGACUACAAUGCAUCAUCUGCCCUGGGCAGCCUGCCUUCAGCGAUGUGUCCCAUCUCUUGACCCACGUUGCAUCCAAGGCCCAUCUGUCUCAUUACUUCAAGCUCCAAGUCCGCAGCCACCAGGAAGCUGAUGCUGCUGGACUUCUCCAGACGUACAACGAUUGGUUCAAUGCCAACAACCUCGCCCAGUUACUUUCCGACCGAAUCUCGUCCAAAGAUGACCGGAAGAAAAAGAGGAACUCGUCCCGAAAGGCUACAGUCGAUUUCACUGUCCAACGCAUCCCGCGAGCAUCUGUCUCAGAAGAUCUCGUGGACCCUGCCGCUGACUUGAAUGCCGUCCUUCACGGCUUUCUAGAUCCUCGCCUGGAAGAUUCCUACCAAGAUGUGAAGUAUGAAUCGGAGACGGAAGAUGCGACAUUCAUCUCAUGCUAUGACACUCCGGCCACAUCCACGGCUAUUGAUGCUCUUCCCAUCCCGAAAUCAGACUUCGACGUUCGCUCAGCUCAUUCGACUGGUAAGACUGAGAUGACUAGUUGGCGUGACCAGACCGUGGUUGGCUCUGGCCAGAAUGCCAAUGCCAAUGUCGCCUUGCCUAUAACCCCGAAGCCCACACGAACUCGCCAGAGACCAAGUGGCACUUGUCUGCAUUUGGGUACCAAUACAUUGAACGCUUUUGUUGAUGGUGAAGUGGACAAAGAUCGGGCUGAGGAGAUGGCGAGACUGAAGGGAGUUCUGUGGCCCGGAAUGGACAUUUUCGAUUCGGCGACACAGCAGAUGCGACGCAAGCGUAACCAAAAAAAGGACGGGAACGUUUUGAAGCAGAUGGAAAUGACUUCUCAGCUGGUGGAGCCCACGGAACUGAUCUUCUCCCCCACAGGGAUCCUCCGGAAGGAACGUGUGAUUUCCGGCAACGUUGAAGAUGAUAGCCCGCUGAAAGGAGAGACUCCGAUUCCGAAAAAGCGUCCUCCUCGCCCUAAGCGGGGAGUUCUACGACAGAAUGAUCCAAACGUUUUACGUGCCAAAGACAGAAAGCGUGUCAAAAAAUGUGUCGCUCCAAGCCGCCAUAAGAGUGAGGAAGCACCGGCUAGCCCUGGUUCGGCACUUAUCUUGAAUCGCAAGAUCAACCUCGGAGUGGGAGAUGACGGGGAAGACGACGAGCUGAGCUUGUCAAUGCAAGCCUUUGGAAAGCGUCCCCGCAGCGGCUUCAGUAUCUUUAACGACGAAGAUAACCAAGACCAGCAGGCAUUGAUGCAGCAUGGUGCAAACCCGCCGGCCUCUCCGGACACGCUGACCCCGACUCGACUCGUUCUAAACAACCAAGCAAACAUUUCGCACAACCAUGGACAUAAAUUUGACUCUUCACUGGACAAGGAAAACAUCGAGCCCAUUUUGAACUCUCGGGGCCGAAUUGACCCUCCCAUAUGGGACUCAACAUCCCCAUUUCUGAAGAGAAGCGACUCUGACAAUAGCGGGUUUGCGCCUCGCUACUUCUUCGAUGAACAUUCGCACGUUGGCCUUGGCAUGAGCAAUGACCAGGAGAAGUCUGGAUAUAGAUCCAACCCCCUGCUUGCUCCUACCUCGAAGAUGGCCAUGUAUGAGCAUAACUCGUACGACAAAGACGUCACCUUGACCAACAGUGGCUGGACCGCGAUGUCGCGAGCUAUGUCGUCUGACGCGACCAUCUCCGAGGAGGAUCACAAUGAACUCACUCGACUUUACCUGAGCGCCACUGCAGCGGACUAG